CGUCGACCCAACCAGAGCACGCAAGAAUCAUACUACCAAGCAACCUCGGAGCGCGAGAGAUCGAUCGACCCAUCCAUCGGAAGCAAAAGACAGGGAUGAGCUCGUCGGCGACCAAGAAGAGGGCGUCGCUGCCGUGGAGGCGCUCAAGGACCAGGCGGGGCUGUGCCGCUGGGACUACGCGCUCCGCUCGCUCUACCACCGUGCCGUGGUCACCGGCUUCCGCGCCGUCCCGGCGUCCCUCUCCUCCUCCUCCCAGCCCGCCGUCGGCAGGGCUGCUCGGCCCAGGCGAUCGGAGCAGGAGAAGCUGCACAUGGCGUACCACAUCGUCUGCUGGGGACCCAACUGAUUGUGUAAUACUAGCACAUUUUUGUUCUGCUUCUCCAUUUUUAUCCCUUCCCAUCUUGGCUAUCCGUGAAUGAAUGAUGUGUAAAUCGAGAUAUAAGUAUCCACGGUUUGUAAAUCGAGAUAUAUGUUUCAAGGUCUGUCAUGCGAGCUGCCAAGUGAUGAGGCAAAUAGUACAGUAUAAGAAAAUGGCAUUGUUCUGCACAAGGAACUAAUACAAACUACCUCUUCGCUCUGA